UUGUCUUGUAAAGGACACCGCUGUGUUAGUUUACUACUGCACGACACACAGGGCGGUUCAUUUAAUUUAUUACAGUCGUUCAACUUAACUUAGAGGAAAAUAUGGCGUCAAAUCGACCAGGAGAGGAUUCUACAGACGCAAGGAAAGACAAUGGAGAACUGGCAGCAGGGGCUUCACCUGCUCCUGAUCGCAUGGACGUCGAUGGGAAGCCCUCCUCUCACAGCUUUAGAUACAGCCUCAACUUUCCCACCAUCGGCCUCUGCAUCAUCAUUAACAACAAGAAUUUUGAUCGAGGAACCGGUAUGAAUCAGCGAAACGGUACAGACAUCGAUGCAGCCUCUGCAAUGAAAGUGUUUUCAAAGUUGGGCUAUAGAGUGAAGAUUUACAAUGACCAGACAGUUAAACAGAUUAAACAGCUUUUGACUGAUGUAUCAAGGAUGGACCACAGUGACUCCGCCUCUUUCGUCUGCAUCCUUUUGAGUCAUGGCGACGAGGGCGUUUUCUUCGGCACGGAUGGUUCGAUAGAACUCAAAACUCUGACGUCCCUGUUCCGAGGGGAUCACUGCAAAUCACUGGUGGGAAAGCCCAAACUGUUUUUCAUCCAGGCUUGCAGAGGCACCGAACUGGAUGAUGGCAUUGAAGCAGAUUCCAAAGAAGACACCACCAAGAUCCCAGUGGAAGCUGACUUCCUGUACGCAUUCUCCACAGCUCCAGGCUACUACUCAUGGAGAAACACCAUGACUGGAUCUUGGUUCAUCAACUCUCUGUGUGAAAUGCUCAGUAAAUAUGGCAAAGAACUUGAGCUCCUGCACAUCAUGACCAGAGUUAACCACAUGGUGGCGGUAGAGUUUGAGUCCAUCUCCACUUUACCAGGUUUUCAUGCAAAGAAACAAAUCCCCUGCAUCGUGUCAAUGCUGACCAAAGAGAUGUACUUUUAUCCUUGAUGUGGGGCAGCGGGGCUGCAAAAGGUUUUUGGGGGUUUGUCAUUUCUCUUUUCAGUGUCUUUCUGGAUAUCUUUCAUAAUCCACAAAUGUUUAGUGUGGAAGAGGUACAACUAGACUGGCAUGAAGUUUUUAGUUCUCCAAGUGCAUUUCUUCUUGAUGUGGUCUGUAUCUUUGUAUCCCAGCAGCCUGUGCU